AUGUCAAGCAAGAAGAAACACAAACGAAAACACAGCGACAUCGAUGAAGACGAUGACGUUUUCUACUACCGCUACUGCGCUUCGUCCUUAACCCCCAACACCACCACCGGCACCACAUCCAGUAAUCAACCACCAUCAAAAUCGACGCUAUACGUUUCUAAUCUAGAUUACUCCCUAACAAACUCCGAUCUCCAUACGCUCUUCUCUACUUUCGGCCGCAUCGCGCGUGUAACCAUUCUCAAAGACCGUCACACGCGCCUAAGUCGCGGUGUCGCGUUUUUCCAAUUCGUUUCUCGUAAUGACGCCUAA